CAACAUCUCUGAAACCUUUGCUACCACCAAAACCUAACCAUGUGCCUGUGCCUGUUCCGUCCCUUCGUCCACCCAGACUUCCAUGGGGUCCUCUCAAGGAUGUCCCUCGGCGAUAAGCUUAGCUUUCUAUUUGUGCACACCUUGGAUAGGCUGAAUCUAUGGCACAAGCUGCCUGUUCUUUUGGGUUUGGUCUACUUGGAGAGGCGUCGAGCUCUCCACGAUAAAUACAACCUGCUCAACGUUGGCAAGAUCGACGGGAUUCCAUUCAACCCUGACGACUAUCCUUACCGAACCAUGAAUGGAGAAUAUAAUGAUCCAGAGAACAAUAAAGCUGGCAGUCAGCUUACGUUCUUUGGGAGGAACAUGCCUCCUAUGGAACAGAAGCUAACGAGCCCUGACCCGGUGGUGGUGGCCACAAAACUUUUGGCUCGGAGGACUUACAAGGAUACGGGCAAGCAGUUCAACUUGAUUGCAGCUGCCUGGAUUCAGUUCAUGGUGCAUGACUGGAUCGACCACCUUGAGGACACUCAGCAGGUAGAACUUACAGCUCCACCGGAAGUGGCUAAUGAAUGCCCACUCAAGUCAUUUAAGUUCUAUCAAACUAAAGAGAUUGGGAUUGAUACAAAAGGGAUCAAGACUGGCCAUAAAAAUAUCCGGACCCACUGGUGGGAUGGAAGUGCUAUUUAUGGGAGUGAAGAAAAGAAGGCAGACAAAGUGAGGACAUUUGUCGAUGGGAAAUUGAAGAUUGGAGCUAACAACCUUCUUGAUCAUGAUGAUGAAGGAAUAGCUAUAUCUGGUGACAUCCGUAAUAGCUGGGCUGGAGUGUCAACUUUGCAAGCCCUUUUCAUUAAAGAGCACAAUGCUGUCUGUGAUGCACUUAAGGCAGAAUAUCCCCAUCUAAAUGAUCAAGAGUUGUACCGCUAUGCUAAACUGGUGACAUCUGCAGUAAUUGCAAAGAUUCACACAAUUGAUUGGACCGUAGAGCUUCUCAAGACCCACACAAUGAACGCGGCGAUGCACGCAAAUUGGUAUGGAUUGUUAGGAAAAACUAUUAAGGACAUCUUUGGGCACAUAGGGGGGCCUGCUCUUUCCGGGCUUGUGGGAUUGCAGAAGCCAAACAAUCAUGGAGUUCCAUAUUCCUUGACCGAGGAGUUCACGAGUGUUUAUAGAAUGCACUCGCUUCUUCCAGACAGCCUUACACUUAGGAACAUCAACACCAAUCCCGGGCCAAACAAAUCUCCCGAAUACCUUGAAGACAUCCAAAUGGAGGAUCUAGUAGGCAUAAGAGGAGAAUCAACUUUAACCAAGAUUGGAUUUGAAAGGCAGUUAGUAUCAAUGGGCCACCAAGCGUGUGGUGCUCUCGAGCUAUGGAACUACCCUUGGUUCUUUAGAAACCUUAUUCCACAAAAUGUUGAUGGAAGCGAACGGCCAGAUCACGUCGACAUGCCUGCCCUUGAAGUUUAUCGAGACCGGGAGAGAAGUACGCCAAGGUACAACCAAUUCAGAAGGGGCUUGCUAAUGAUUCCCAUAUCCAAAUGGGAGGAUUUAACUGAUGACCAUGAAGCAGUUGAGACUCUAAGAGAAGUAUAUGGUGAUGAUGUUGAGAAGUUGGAUCUUCUAGUAGGUCUCAUGGCAGAGAAAAAGAUCAAGGGAUUUGCCAUUAGUGAAACUGCUUUCUUUAUCUUCAUUAUAAUGGCAUCAAGGAGGUUGGAAGCUGACCGUUUCUUCACAAGCUAUUUCAACGAAGAGACAUACACAAAGAAGGGCUUCAAGUGGGUAAACAGUACGGAGAGUUUAAGAGACGUCAUCCAACGCCACUAUCCAGAUCUUGCUAAGAAAUGGAUGAAUUCUACUAGCGCGUUUUCUGUGUGGGAAGCUCCUCCAAACUCCUUCAAUCCCAUCCCUCUCCUUCUCCGGUUUCCAGCCUAAGAACAACGAUGUCAAUGAACUAGUUGUUCUGUGAGUGCACUCUGCUAUGGAAGUAUGAAUUUAUUAUUUCUGGUUGUUUGAGAAUGAAUGAGAUGGGAGAUAUCCUCAUGUAUGGGUUUGCAAAAUUCUUCAUCAAACCAUCUAAUAAAUUAUAUCAAUGUUUCACCGCUGAUCA